UCGGGCAGCGCGGACACCGGACCCGGACCCCGGGGCGGCCUCCGCAGCGCGGCGGUCCCGGCCCACACCGUCAGGUGCCGAGCGUGCGGCCCACGGGCCGAGGGAGCGCUGCCCACCGAGCCGGGUGCGGUGAGCGCGGGGCCGGGCGGCCGCUGCGGUCCUGUCUCCCCGAGCUCGCCGAGCUGUCCCUGUGGACUCCGUCAGGCUCCGGCGUCCUUCCCGGGUGCGACCCUGCGAGGCGGCCGCGAAAUCGGAGUAAUUCCGGACCUCCACCACUUUCCUUCAGCCCCGAGCUUGGAGAGGUUUGCCGCGAAAACGAAAGUAAAUAAUUCCCGGGGCACAGCUCUGAGGUGAAGAAAAGGUGGUGUGUUUUUGAGCAUUCUGCGCAUCGGCAGGAAACCAGACAUGUCUUUGGAUGACAUUAAGAUGAAAUCCAGUGACUUCCUGGAUACGGAGCACCUAGACAGCGGGGGCUUCGGGAAGGUGUCCUUGUGUUUGCACAGAUCCCAUGGGCUCGUCAUACUGAAGAAGGUGUACACGGGGCCUAAGCGAACAGAGUACAACGAGUCCCUCCUUGAGGAGGGCAAGAUGAUGCAUAGACUGAGACACGAGCGGGUGGUGAAGCUGCUGGGCAUCAUCAUAGAGGAGGGGAACUACUCCCUGGUGAUGGAGUACAUGGAGAAGGGCAACCUGAUGCACGUGCUGAAGGCCGAGAUCAGCAUCCCCCUUUCUGUAAAAGGAAGGAUAAUUAUGGAGACCAUUGAAGGAAUGUGCUAUUUACAUCGAGAAGGUGUAAUACACAAGGACCUAAAGCCUGAAAAUAUCCUGGUGGAUGACAACUUUCACAUUAAGAUAGCUGACCUUGGCGUUGCAUCCUUUAAGACGUGGAGUAAGUUGACUAAAGAGGAACACAAUGAGCAGAGGAAAGCAGACAGUCUCUCUAAGAAAAACGGUGGCACCCUCUACUACAUGGCGCCCGAGCACCUGAAUGACAUCAACGCCAGGCCCUCGGAGAAGUCGGACGUGUACAGCUUUGCCAUAGUACUGUGGGCAAUAUUUGCAAACAAGGAGCCAUAUGAAAAUGCUAUCUGUGAGCAGCAGCUGAUCAUAUGUAUUAAAUCUGGGAAUAGGCCACAUGUGGACGACAUCAUUGAGUUCUGCCCAAAGGAGAUUAUCAGCCUCAUGAAGCAGUGCUGGGAGGCGGACCCGGGAGUGCGGCCAACAUUUCCUGGCAUUGAAGAAAUAUUUAGGCCUUUUUAUUUACAUAAUUUAGAAGACGAUGUAGAAGAGGACGUGAAGAGUUUAAAGAAAGAGUAUCCUAGCCAAAAUGAAGUUGUGAAGAGAAUGCAGUCUCUCCAAAUAGAUUGUGUAGCAGUGCCUCCAAGCAGGUCAAAUUCAGCCAUAGAUCAGCCCAGUUCGCUGCACAGUUCACAGGGACUCAGGAUGGGUCCUGUGGAGGAGUCCUGGUUUGCUCCCUCCCCAGACUACCAGCCGGAGGAGAAUGAGUACAGCCUGCAGAACAAACUCCAGGAGGAAGCCAACUACCAUCUUUUUGGCAGCCGCAUGGACAAGCAAACAAAACAGCAACCCAGACAGGGUGUGGCUUACAACCGAGAGGAGGAAAGGAGACGAAGGGUCUCCCAUGACCCUUUUGCACAGCCAAGACCUUAUGAGGCUGUUCAAAACCCAGGGGUGAAAGGCCUUGCUUCUUCCAACACAGCCAGUCCUGGGAGUGCAGUGCACCAACCCACUGGACUGACCUGCCAAUCCCCAGGACUCCACUGGACUCCAUAUAACCCGUAUGAUUUUAGAGCAAGACCUUUGGGCGCGGGAACAGGAGGUUCCAGAUUUUGGUCUGGGCCAGAUGCAAACCAGAUGCCAGGCCUGCAUAAAACUCCAGUGCCUGAGACCACCCUGCUGGGAAACACUCCCACCAUCCCAUUCAUCUCCCUGACGUCAAGAGAUGAGACUGCAAAAUGUGCCAUAUACAACAGUGCUGGCGUUCAGAUUGGAGACAAUAAUCGUAUGGAGGUUGGAGUGAACUUGCCAUUACUGGAUAGCACAUAUGUGAACUGGAAAGAGCCAGCCUCUAAGUACCAAUAUAUCUUUGAUAAUACCACUAGUCUGACUGAUAAACACCUGGACCCAGUCAGGGAAAAUCUGGGAAGGACCUGGAAAAAUUGUGCCCGUAAACUGGGCUUCACCGAAUCUCAGAUUGAUGAAAUUGACCAUGACUAUGAGAGAGAUGGAUUAAAAGAGAAAGUUUACCAGAUGCUCCAGAAGUGGCUGAUGAGGGAAGGCAGUAAGGGGGCCACCGUGGGAAAGCUGGCCUGGGCGCUCUACCAGUGCUCACGCAUAGACCUUCUGAACUUUUUGGGGACUAUCAGCCAGAACUAACUAGAAGCAGCAUGAAGUCAUCUCCUCACUUAGUGGGUGAGCCACUGAGAGUGGGCUGCCUCACCGAUCUGGGUUCUGUGUCUACACAAAAACCAUUUCCUGCAUUUCAUAACUGGAAAUGGGAAAGAAACCUACAGCAAACAACACGCUAAACUGAACGCCUGAGCUUUGAUGAAAAAAGAGCCUUGUCCUGGCUGGUUUGGCUCGGCCUGCAGACUGAAGGCUCCCAGUUUGAUUCCAGUCAAGUGGCAUGUACCUCGGUUGCAGGAUCCUCCCCUGCCCGGGCCCUGGUCAGGGUGCGAGCAGGAGGCAACCAAUCGAUGUGUUUCUCUCACAUUGGUAUUUCUCUCGGUCUUUCCCUCUCUCUUCCACUCUCUCUAAAAAUCAAUGCAAAAAUAUCCUCAGGUGAAGAUUAAAAAAAUAAAAGAAAAAAAGAAGUCUGAUGGGUUUUGAAAGGGAAAACAGAAACAUUUUAGGAAGAUCAUUUUCUUUCACUUUAUCCCAUAACCUCCAGUUAUGCUAAAAAAAAAAAUUCGGAGAAUGUAAACUAAACCAACUUUCUUAUUUUGUGCUCUUUUCUCCACAUAGGCUCCUAUUAUAAACAAAGUACAGAAAAAAAGUCGCUAACUUUUCUUCAAAUAGAUUUUUUUGGUAUCACUACCACAGUUCAUUCCAGUUAUAGGGUCUGUUAACAUCAGUAUCAAAUGCUAUAUCAGUCACUACAAGCUUCAAGAAUUGCAUGCAGCCAAAACCGGUUUGGCUCUGUGGAUAGAGCAUCGGUCUGUGGACUGAAAGGUCCCAGGUUCGAUUCCGGUCAAGGGCAUGUACAUUGGUUGCGGGCACAUCCCCAGUAGGGGGCGUGCAGGAGGCAGCUGGUCGAUGUUUCUCCCUCAUCGAUGUUUCUAGCUUUCUAUCCCUCUCCCUUCCUCUCUGUAAAAAAUCAAUAAAAAAAAAAAAAAAAAGAAUUGCAUGCAAUAUCCACUCCAUAAAUUAACUGAAGGGAUUUUAAGGUGUACUAAGAAGGGGGGAAAUAUAGAUCAUCACAAUUUCCCAGGCAGUUGUUGCAAGAAAUUGCUAUGAAUUAUGACAACUACAAAAAUUCUUGAUUAAGUUUUUAGGUUCUUUCUUAGCAUCCUGGCACUUUAGGCACUUUCCCAACCUGUAUGCCCUGAGGAGGCGGCAGGCUAUGACGGGAGCCUCAGGGCUGAUGACUGUUGAAUAGCUCCCCAGUUUAUCCCGGUUCAGUGUGGUCAGUCUGGCUGUCAGGACAGAUUCUAGGGUCUGGUGAGGGUACAUAUGUAUUGUUGGUUCUGAUUCUAAAUCUCCCCCAGCAGUUUUACACACACACACACACACACACACACACACACACACACACACACACCUGUAAAGCAGAAUUUCUCCAUCCCAGCACCACUGGCAUCUUGGGCCGGAUCACUCUUUGCUGUAGGGGACUGUCCUGUGCAUUGUACGAUGUUUGGGAACAACCCUGGUCUCCACCCACUAGAUGCCAAUAGCCCUGUUCUCCCCCUCCUCCCCUCCUCAGUUGUGACACAGAUGUCUCUGGACAGUGCCAGGUGUUCCCUGGAAGGGCUAAAGCACUCCUGUUGAGAAGAGCAUGUGAUAAAGUUGUGAACCUCAGUUUUCUCACCACACAUUUGCAGGCUCACUACUUAGUUGCCGCCCAGCACUGAUCACAAAGACCAAAAGGAAAACGAGGGGAAAGGUCCCAGGCUUUGCGAGUGGGGCUGGGUGAGUUCUUUUCUAAAUGUGUCCCUGUACCUCUAUUUUAACAGUGUUGUAAAAUCUUCAGCUUCCAAGGUGAUCGAAUGAUUAUUGAUAAGAGGCAAAAGUGGAAAGUAUUUUAAUUGACUUUUUAAAAAUAAAAUUUUGUACAUUAAAUGUAA